AUGUCCACCGGCUGCUGCAACGAGGAGCAGCAGUACUUCCUGGUCACCAUAUUUGCGUACUCUGGCGCCGUCCUCCUGCUCUGGCGCGCCCUCGUCUUCAAGCCGUUCAAGCUCUUUGCGGUUGCUCUGCACGAGUUUUGCCACGCGGCGGCAGCCGCUGCGCUCUGCAAUCGCGUGACCGGCAUCGAGGUCUCCUGGGACGAGGGCGGGCUCGCCUCGUACAAGAUCCCGACGAACCGGGUGCGGUGCGUACGUGCUUUCGUUCUGCCCGCCGGCUACGUCGGGUCGACGUGCUCGGGCUGCGUGCUUGUCAUUGCCAGCGCCUUCACGGUGGGGUCGCAGGUGUGCGGCAUCCUGCUGGCCGCCGCGUGCGCCAUCAUCGCCGUGUACGCCGCCUUUGGCCGUGCUGCCUCGACAAAGGAGCGCGUCCUUCUCUUUGGCGUGAGAGGCGAGACCGACUUUGAUGCGGCGACCUGGCCACUCGAGCUGUUCCUGCUGCUGGUCGGGACGGUCAACAUGAUCUACUGCACGUAUGACAUAUACGAUGACACCGUCCGGCGCAAGGUGGCGAGAUUACCCGAGAUGCACUGA